CCUUGCUCGUCGUUGCCAAGAUCUGUCCCACCCUCGAGCGCAGGCUUAUUGGCGAAGCGACCAGCCACUUUGUGCGCCUCUCCACAACGAUGCAGUUCAUCGUGUUGACAAUUGCAGCAACGGCAUGGCUGCUUGCAGCUCUCGCUCCCACCCGUGUUGAUGGCGCAUCUGCCCUCAGCAACCUGCUGGCACCCCUGCCCUCCUCAUCCCGCUUAGGAGCCAUCCUCAGAGCCUCUGCCCGCGCAGACAGCGGUCUCGCCAGUGAUCUUCUCGGGUCAUCUAUCCGGCCCUCCUCUCUUGGCGCGGAUGAGCUCAGCGUCGGUGCAUUCGGCAAGGGAAGCCAUGUGGUGUGUCUGACGGGCAGCGGAGCCAAGAGGGGGGCAGCGGUCGACGCAUAUGAGGCCACUCAGCUGCUGCUGGCAUGCGACUUCAUCGUCCUGACCAUCCCCUAUGCGUCCCUGUGCACCGGCACCGCGAGUGACGACAUCCAGCUGCUGCAGGGGCUGACUGAGAGCCUGCUGGCCAUGCCGACCAAGCCGGCGAGCAAGAGGAGGCUGCUGGUGGUGGUGACUGGCUUCGACGGCACCGACGCGGAGAGGCAGGAAAGCCAAGCGGUGCUCUACAAGGACAUGAAGGCUCUCUUUGACACCCCGCCGCCGUCAGCCCGGGUGAAGGCGGGUGAGAGUCCUUCUUUUGGGGACUAUUUCGACAGCGACGUGUUCUUCCUCCCGCCCGCCAAGCUCGAGCAGAACGCAUACGCAACGAAGGCGAGCAAGGAGAGAUCUGACAUAUUGAUGAUACGCGUGUGGGAAUUAAUGGGUGCGUGUCUGCUGAUGGGUUCUUCCUGGCAGGUGAAGCAGCUGUCUGCGAAGAUCGAUGAGGCUCUUUCGUCUGCGGGCGGCCCACCUUCCCUCAGUGUCCUGCAGCAGCGGCUGGCACGCCCGCCGCCGUCAGCAGUUCCGAGGCGGGCAGCUGCCAUGCUGUCCAGCGACAGUGAAGUUCUGGCAGCAUACGAAACGGAGAGGAUCAAAGAACGACUAUACGCAAAGUGAGGCAAAGAAACCGAACCACCGCGACCCUUAAGCUAUGUGCACACUCUCUCCCCGCGUCCGUGUGCGUGUGUGUGUGUGUUGUGUAGGUUUGUGGACGAUGUGUCGAAGCAGUCGCGAUCGUUCCAUCGGGGCUUCGACAGUGGGUUCCCCUCCCUGUGCGACAACCUCAUCCAGGCGGCCCUCAACAGCUACGACGCCGCCACCAAGGACUACAGCCCCACAGCUGCAAGGCUCAAAAACAGGCAGGCCUUCAUCAAACUCAUGCUCAACGGUACGCACACACACACAGACACGCAGAGUCAGGGGCGGUGCGGUAUCAGACACCACGCCCAUCCCUCGCCAUAUCCUCUUCGUUCAGAUUUGGUCGAGAAGUAUGAGGCUCAGCUGCGGGCGCUGAUGGGUCUGACGGUGGAUCGGUUCCGCCAGGGCUUGAGCAAGACGCGCAUCGGCCCUGGCGUGGUGCGUGCGCUAGAGGGGGCGCAGAGGGACGCACUGGCCUUCUUCACAAGCAACGCACACCGCCUCAAACCAAGAAGUGCCGGCAACGCAUGGAGCGAAGCCGCCCAGAGGUCAUCACAUCUCACUCUCACCUACACCACCGAUGGAUGGGUGUUGCUGCUUUCUGGUGGAUCAUUUGUGCUGUGGUGUGGUGUGGUGUGUUGUUGAGUCAGGCAUGAUCUGCAGUCGAUUCUGAGGGACCAGGCGUCGAGUGUGGUUGAGCUGGCCCGGGCGCAGGGUGCCCUGGCGGUGGGGGGCGCCAGGCGGAAGCCAAUCGCCCUCUCCUUGCACUACCUCUCACCAACCGCAUUCGGACUAUCCGACUUCAGGUACACACCUGGACGCACUGCACGCACAGACAGGCAGCAGAGGCAAAACUGGCGUGCGUGUGUGAGCGUGUGUGUCAGGCGUGACAUCACGUUGGGUACGGGCAGUGGGAGCGAGUUGGGUUUCACCAAGAGGCGGGCGGGCGUCAUGUCGACAUCGGCUGACCCUAGGGGAGACAAAGACACACAAAUGUGAGCAACCGGGGGCGCACAGAAAACGAGAAUCACUCGGCAACCCAUUGGCCCAUUUCUCUAUGGGGGUGUGUGUGUGUGUGCAUGUGUGUCAGCUUGGUGCCGAAUGACGUGAGUCCGGACAUAUCUGCGCUGUCUGAGUCGAUGGUCUACGACGGGCGGGUGUCCGCCAAGGGCAAGAGAUGACGUCUGUGCACACGUGGGUGGGCGGAUGGAUGGAUGCGUGUGUGACGAUGGGUGUCAAUCAAUCAACGACGUGCUGUGCUGUGCUGUGGGUGGCGCGGUUGGCACCAACUCAAUCGAGGUUUAUAGGUAGGUAGGUGAUGGUGAUGGACAAAACGACCUGUGACUUGUGACAUAUCUUCCAAUACGUAUCUAUCC